AUGAGCGGGAGGGUCGCCAAGGACAGAGACGUCCGCGUCAAGGGCUCGAACCCCGCGUGGCUCGACCGCGACCGCGAGGACCGCGGCGGCGGAGGGUCCAAGGUCGCCGCCAAGGUCAAGCGGUACAGGGCUGGGCAGGCCCCCGCGUGGGCGCCCGGCGACGACGAUGGGAACGAGUCCGACGGGGAGGAGGAGGAACUCGGCGCGUUCGCGGCUGGGCCGGGGCGACGCGCCCCCGCCCGCGCGGUGGUGGUCAAGCCCGCGCGCGGCGGCGCCGGCGGGGCGGAACCCGGCGAGAGGAAGGUCGCCGCGCCGGUGGUGAUCCGCGCGAGGCCCGCGGAGAGGACAAAGGAGGAGGAGGAGAUCGCCGCGGAGAACGACAGGCGACGCGCGGAGAUGCGCGCGAGGGCUCUCGCGCAGCAGCAGGAGGAGGAGGAGAUGCCGUACGAGUCCGAGGACGAUUCCUUCGGCGCGGGUAUGGAACCCGACCCUCCGCCCGCGUUCGACGGCGGAGUCCAGCGCGCGGCGCCCCGACCAAAGUCAGGCAUCGAAGAUGAAGAAGAAGAAGAAGAUGAAGAAGGGAGCUCGUCGUGGGAAACCGACACCGACGCCUCGGACAGCGACGAACCGACGGGGCGCAAGAUGAUCAAGCCCGUGUUCGUCCCCAAGCGGGAGCGCGACACGGUCGCCGAGCGCGAACGCGUGGAGGCGGAGAUUGACGCCGAGUGGGACGGCCGCGCCAGGCAACGGGAGAUUCGAGUGAACGAGUCGCGACAGCUGGCGCAGAUCGAGGUGGACCGUGAGAAUCAGAUCGAGGAGGCGGAGGCGAACGCGGAGGUGAGCGACGUGGACACCAGCGACGAGGCGGACCCGGAGGGAGACUACCAGAAGUGGGUGAUUCGCGAGAUGGAGCGCAUGCGCGUGUACGAGGAACAGCGGGAGCAGUGGGAGAAGGAGCAGGAGGAGCUGGCGAUGCUGCGGGCGAUGCCGGAGGACGAGAAGGAGGAGUGGCUCCGCAAGAACCGCCCGGAGCUCUACGCCCCCAAGGCGGAGAAGGAGCGCAAGAAGAUGAACUUCAUGCAGAAGUACUACCACAAGGGUGCGUUUUUCCAGGAGGCGCCCGACGAUCCCUUCGGCACGGCGGGCACCGACGACAUCUACAAGCGCGACUUCUCCGUCGCCACCGGCGAGGACAAGGUGGACAAGAGCGCCCUGCCCAAGGCGAUGCAGGUGCGCAAGGACAAGUUCGGUAAGGUUGGUCAGACGAAGUGGACCCACCUCAGCGCCGAGGACACCACCUACGCGGGCCGCGACAAGGGCGAGUUCAACGCGUGGGCGGACAAGAACAACCCGAACCUGCGAAAGCUGGAGAAGAAGCGCGCGGGGAUGAAGGGAUUCGAGGUGAAGAAGCACCUCGAGUAG